UAGCGUUUCAAUAUAAUGUCAAGAAGUGUAAGGCACCAAUAUAAACGAAACUCAACGCUCAGUUUAUGCCCUUUCGCCGCCUUAUUCUGAUUCCAGAAACAUCUUCAAUCAAUCUCCCCUCGUCUCCUCUCAAUCAAGUUUGAAGCUGAGAAAUAAUCAUGGCCGGUGGUGCGAAUUUCGUGCAGAGGGUUCUCUCUUACGUGGUGAAUGAAGUGGUUGUCAAUGGGCUUGCCAACAGCCCUGCAUUUCAGAGGUUUGCAGUGAGGACAUCAAAAAGAAUUGAAGAUAUUUCUAACAAAGCUGUUCAGAAGAGGCAGGAGCUAGCUGAGCAGAUCAAGGACAUCUCAAAAAAUAUGGAGUCAUUCAAGAACCAGUAAUUUUGGUAUUCUUGCUAAUGGAGUCCUGAUUUUCUUUAGCCAAAGAUGUUCCUGGUGACAAGGCUGGGUUUUUGUAAAUUUCUUUUGUUGUAAUAUAUUUUGGUUCUUAACUCGUGAUCUCAAAAGUUGGGAUGCAAGGGUUUUUCAGUUUGCUUGGUGAACUGAAAACAGGAUUAGGAGGAUAUUAUUGCUAGUUUACGAUACUAUCACUUUGUCACCAAUAUUAGUUUGCCUUAUUAUUUGAAACUAUAGAGGACGGAUUAUUACUGAAUAAAAAUGAUACCUAUUACAUUCAA